AUGCCUCUACCACCUACUCGCCACCACGUCAAGACCGGAUGCCGGACCUGCAAAACCCGAAAGGUCAAAUGUGACGAAGGCAAGCCCUCCUGCAAACGUUGCACGUUGUCGCGUCGUGUCUGCGGCGGUUACCAGGACACAGAUAUCAUCACAAGCUACCGACCAAACCAGUUAUCGACACGCGACCAGAAAGAAGGCAGGGCGUUCCAAUUUUUCGCGGAAAUGGUGGGACCAGUUCUCUCUGGACCUACUGACUCCUACUUCUGGACUCAUCUGGUCAUGCAGUUCAGUCACUUCGAACCUACCAUACGCCACGCUGUUUUAUCUAUCAGCUCACUUUAUGAAGAAUUUGACAAAGGCUCUCGUAUCACUCGGCAAGUUUGUGGUAGCACAUAUGCUGUAGCUCAUUAUAACUCUGCUAUUAAGCAAGUCAAGCCAGCUAGCGAUGAGCAAACGAUACUAGUGCUCUGCGUACUUUUUAUUUGCAUCGAGUAUUUACAAGGAGACUUUGACGCUGCUUUGAAGCACUGUCGCCAUGGUAUCAUGAUACUUAAUAGCUCUUCUCGUCCUGACUGGGCUUGCCGGUACCUUCUUCCCAUAUUCCGACGCUUAAGUAUAACACCCCUUCUCUUUGGUGGUGCCCCCCCCGAACGUCUCCCACCGCUCAUCGGUUUCGAGACACCAAUACCUUCAAAGUUCGAUAGCAUUCAAGAUGCGCAGACAGUCAUUGAUGAUCUGAUGAUUCAGACGUUGGAGUUUAUCUACGAUGGUAACAAUGACAGAACCACGCUCGCUACGUCGCUGAAUGAAUGGGAGUUCAAGAUGGCAGAUCUAGAAAAUGUACUACCCCCAUCUGCAGUAGCGGAAAAAUAUGCCAUAUGUGGGAUGCGAUUCAAACACAAAAUUGCCAACAUUUAUAUCCAACAGCCAAGCUCACAUACAGAAAUAUGGUGGGAUCAGCACAUCGAUGUUUUCCGCGAUGCUGUAAGAUUGGCAGAAGACGCAUUCCAACUAUCAACAGCACUAGAUGGCCAACGUAUACAACAAUCAAGCUUCAGUUUCGAAAUGAAUUGGCUACCAAUGCUGUUUUUUAUUGUCUUGAAGUGUCGAGACCUGGAAAUUCGAACUAGGGCUUUAUCCUGGUUAGGACAGCUUGGACCAGCUAAGGAGGGUUUGUUUGACGUGGGGACUUUGUAUAGAGUGGGAAGGCGUCUUAUUGAGUUGGAACAUGAAAUUUCUCUUGAUGAUGCAGAUGAUACGGCGGGACUUGCACGUAUGCCCAUGCCACCAGAAGAGAAACGCUAUUUCGCUAUCCCGGUGAAACACGAGUUGGAGGUCAUCUCUGAGCAGGACAACACAGUAAGGUACAGAAGACAGGUGAAAUUUCUUGCGAGAGAUUCAGAGGGUAAUGUUGUUGCUCGGGAAGAAUUUAUUCCUGACGAUAAGCCUCGUGGAUGUAAAAUCAAGAUUCCACCAAUGAGAUGUGCAUAUCGCCUCUAA